UUUCAGUCUCUAUCUCAGGUAUAUCGACUGUCUCAAUCUCAUUCUUCGGACUCUCCGACUCCCUCAGUUUCAUGCUUGCUCACGAGUAAUUUAAAGGUCGGCAUUUAAAUCCAAUAAAAAUGCCGGUCAAUCCAAGAGUAAAAAAGGCAUUUCGUGCUAUGAAAAGUAUUGGCAUCUCUGAGGAAAAGGUGAAGCCAAUCUUGAAGAGCCUUCUGAAACUAUAUGACAAAAAUUGGGAGCUUAUUGAAGAGGAAAAUUAUAGAGCACUUGCAGAUGCUAUAUUUGAAAACGAGGAUGCAGAGGUGGCAGAACAUAAGCAGCCUGAAAAUAAUGAACCGCUCGUGCAGCGAGAGGAAGUUUUAGAGGAAGAAGCAGUGUACGAGGAGCCUGAAAGACCAUUAAAGAGAUUGCGAUUAAGAUUUCAAGAAGGUCAAGCUUCACCUUCCUCUAACAAUUCUAGUGCCGGGACUUCUCUUAAAAGGCCUAGGCGGGAGGAGGAAGGUGAAUUAUCUGGACCUCGUUAUCAGAACCAAUUACAAGGGGAAGCAAAUCCUAGUUCUGUUAGGAAAAAUCUCAGGUUGAACGAAACUCAAACAUCUCCAAUCACGUCCAAGGGUCAGAGUUCGGUUUCUGCUAAAUCUUCCCAUGCAUCAAAACUCAAUGAGCCAAAGACAGAACCAGGUGGAGAAUUGUCCUCUAAACAGAAGAUGUCGGGAUCCCUUGCUUUAAUCAAGCCUAAGGAUGAACUAUAUACUGAUGAUAUGCCACAGUUUGAGGUUCCUAUUGCUGUUAUUCACCCAGAGCCGUCAAACAAGGGAGAUACUUCAAAUGGUAACACCUCAAGGUCUGAACCUUCAGCGAUAGACCUAAGAAGUGUAAGGGAUUCAGGCAUUAUGACUUCAUUGAAUGUAAUGACAACCAGUCGUGAGCUGAUAGAAGUCCAGGAUAGAUGUCACGUUGAUGGAGAUAUUGCCUCCUCACCAUCUGGAGAGGUAAAAAUCUCUAUUAGCUGUGACCCAGCUCUUUGUAGAUCAUCAGAUUUCCAUAUGCCGAGUGUAGAAUCAGUUCUGAGGAUGGUGGAGCUUAAAUGUCUUAAAUCAUACAGAAUUAUGGACCCUAACUUUUCUCUAAUGAAGCUGAUGAAAGACAUGUGUGAGUGUGUUUUGGAACUGGGAACGCAACAUAGUCCUGAACUGCAAUCAACCACAGAUGUUGCUGCAGAAAAUGAUUUUGGCUCGAGAAGCAUGACCGUUGAUUCCUUAAAUGAAGGUAUGAAUUUUGAAAUUGAUGCUGGGGAUGCUCAACCAAAGAUAACCCCACGCUCUCCUCCUCGCAUUGGUGAAGAUUGCAUUCAAGCUGGUCAGAUGGUUUCGUGUGAAGCGACUCCACGUGAUGUUGUGUCUGUUGAAGUCAUUGAUAUAACCAAGGGGCAAGAAAAUGUUGUAAUUUCUUUGGUGAAUGAAGUUAAUAGCAAUCAGCCACCAUCAUUUCACUACAUAGCUUCCAAUGUGGUUUUCCAGAAUGCAUAUGUAAACUUUUCUCUGGCUCGUAUUGGAGAUGAUAAUAGUUGUUCAACUUGCUCUGGUGAUUGUUUAUCAUUGUCCACACCUUGUGCUUGUGCACACAUAACCGGCGGUGAUUUUGCCUACACAAAGGAAGGUCUUAUUAAAGAAGAGUUUCUUAAAGAAUGUAUUUCCAUGAAUCGUGACCCCAAGAAACACUGCCAGUUAUUUUGCAAAGUGUGCCCAUUGGAAAGAUCAAAAAAUGAGGACAUUAUAGAAGCUUGUAAAGGUCAUCUGGUGAGAAACUUCAUAAAAGAGUGUUGGUGGAAAUGUGGUUGUAGUAAACAAUGUGGCAACCGUGUAGUACAGCGAGGAAUAAGCCAUAAGUUACAGGUCUUUAUGACUCCGGAAGGGAAAGGAUGGGGCUUGCGGACCCUUGAAGACCUUCCCCGAGGUGCUUUUGUCUGUGAAUAUAUUGGAGAGGUUCUGACCAACACAGAACUCUUUGAUCGUGUUGCACGGAGCCCCAAUGGGGAGGAACAUUCUUAUCCAGCCCUGCUGGAUGCUGACUGGGGUUCAGAGGGUGUCCUAAAGGAUGAAGAGGCUCUUUGUUUGGAUGCUACAUUUUAUGGGAAUGUUGCCAGGUUCAUCAAUCACAGAUGCUUCGAUUCAAAUUUGGUUGAAAUACCAGUUGAAAUAGAGACUCCUGAUCACCACUACUAUCAUCUUGCUUUUUUCACUACAAGAAAGAUUAAGGCAAUGGAGGAGCUCACUUGGGAUUAUGGUAUUGAUUUUGAUGAUCUUGAACAUCCAGUAAAAGCAUUUAGCUGCCAUUGCGGUAGCAAGUUCUGCCGAAAUAUGAAACGUCCAAGCCGAUCUAGAUCAAGAAGGUAGAGCCUGAGAUGGUGAUCUUCUCCAAGUAUUUUUUUGCCACGUUCCUGAUUUUGGGCGGUUCACGAAGCUGUUUUAUUUGAACUAAGUUAAGGUGAUGUUUUGUAUCUCUGAAGGGUUAUAGCCCGAUGUGCAUAUGCAGUGUUAAACGGUGUUUAUAGUUGUUUAAAUGGCACUAUCAAAGCGCAAUUUUUGUAUAGAAGUUUCAAGGAUGUGACUCAGAGCUGGAUUAGCUGCAUUUUGGUUGUAUAUAAUGAUGUUUUGGUCCAUAGGACUAAUGCCAGAAUACUUGGCCUUUUGUCUUAUGGCCUGAUGUUAGCAUAUUGAAGACUAGGCCUUUUCUGCAACUUUU